CACGAUGAUGUCCCUAAGGAACCUCGCCCGCAGCGCCCCGCGGUCUGCUGCUCGUUUCUCCACCAAAGCCGUUCGCCCGCAAUCGUCACUGCGACAGGCUUUCCAGCCAGCAGCAUGGGCUGCUCCAAUUCCUCGUCUCACAGCAUCUUUCUCCAUGUCGGCAGCAAGGAGAGAGGACUCUGGUAUCAAUGAGGAACUCGUCGCGAAGCUUCAGAGCGAGAUCUCCAUGGAAGAGGGCAUGAAGGAGGACGAGGACCUCUCUCACAACAUCAAGGAGUACCUUGAGAACAGCCCCUUUGAGAUUGAGGACAAAGCCGGCAACCAGGAAGUAGUCCUUACCCGCACAUUCAACGACGAGAAGAUCCGAAUCACCUUCACCACCGCCGACCUCAACAGCAACCUGCCCGGCGAGGACAUGGCCGAAGACAGCGCCAUGUAUGACGACGCCGACAUGGACGUACAGUCUGGUGGCGCCAACACCAAGGGUGCCAUCAACCAGGGCAGGACACAGGAUGGAAACAUUCGCGUAGCCCCCGAGGACCGCAUUGCUCCCGCCGACCGUGAGGAGCUCGAGGACGACUACGAGAAUGAUGGCGAACAGCAGGGCUUCCCUGCUCAUGCCAGCAUCCGCAUCGAGCGUCCCGGAAAGGGUGCUCUUGCCAUUGAGGCUACCGCUCAGGACGGUGACUUCCUCAUCGAGGACCUCUACUACUUCCCGUCCGCUGACCUAGCCGACCCUGCCACCGCUGAGAAGGACUGGUCAAGACGCGCUCUCUACACUGGCCCUCCUUUCAGCAACCUCGACGAGGACCUCCAGAUCCUCCUUGAGAAGUACCUUGAGGAGCGUGGCAUCAACACCCGCCUCGCAUUGUUCAUCCCCGACUACAUUGACCACAAGGAGCAGAAGGAGUACAUCAAGUGGCUCAACAACGUCAAGAACUUUGUCGCAUAGGUGCAUAAUUUUCAAAAGCUCUCUUGUAUGAACCUGUAACGUACCUCAACCUUUGAGCGAUCUGGGGGCGUUUGCAGGAGUGUAAAAUAGUUGGUGAGAUUUCUCUCCCUAAACCGUUCUCGGCCGUAUGUAGUACCGUCUUGCAGGCAGUCUACAGAACGCGAGACCAACGAACAGAGUACUCAGUGCUCCAGGUUGAUCAUCUCGAACGGUCCUUACCAGUUCCACGAUUCCAGCCAUGUAGUUGCACGCUACGAGAACCACGACCCAGAUAUUAUCAAAAUAUUAAAUAGACGCAUAACGCGCUUUUCCACUCCAAC